GAUACACUGAGAAAGUAAGACAGAAGGCAAACGCUGCAGUUCAUGUUUCUCCUCGGGGAGGAGUGGUUAAAGCGACGGACCGGAUACAGCGUGGGCCAACUGGAGACAGAUCUUUGGAGCAAACGAUCCACUUGAGAGAAACACAGCCAUGUUUAGAAGGGCUUCAGUGCAGGUAUUCCGGCAGUAUGUCAGACAUCAGUCAAACGAAAUGAACUCCCUCAUCCUGGAGAGAUCUAUGAACCGAGUGCAGCUCCUGGGGCGCGUGGGUCAGGACCCAGUGAUGCGGCAGGUCGAGGGGAGGAACCCUGUCACCAUCUUCUCCAUGGCAACCAAUGAGAUGUGGCGAUCGGGGGAAGGGGACACCACUUCUACAGGAGAUGUCAGCCAGAAGACCACGUGGCACAGGAUCUCUGUGUUCCGACCAGGGCUGCGGGAUGUGGCUUACCAAUAUGUGAAAAAGGGAGCUCGUGUUCUGGUUGAAGGAAAGCUUGAUUAUGGGGAAUAUGUGGAUAAAAACAACGUCAGACGACAAGCCACCACCAUUAUAGCAGACAAUAUCAUCUUUUUAAGUGACACCUUGAAGGAGAGAGUCUGAGAAAACCAGCCAAUGCCGGUUCCUCAAACCCUGACGUUCCUCUAAUAGAAAAAAGCCUUUUAUAUUUGAGUAUUUUUCAAGUAUUGAGAGAACGCUGAUUAUAAGGGGAGGUCAUUCAUAUUGAAACUUCAUGGAUCCUCAUUCUCAGCCAGUCAGAUUGUUCACAUGCAAGAGAAUGCAAGCUGUCAGCUGAUCAUUUUGAAAGCAAGAAAAACAUGUUUUGAAGUUUCUGAGGGACUGUAAUUUGUUUAAAAGUUUUCUGUUGCUUUGACUGGGUACUGUAAAUACUGCUUCGAUGGGUUUGAAAUCUUCAUGCAUAAAACUGUGCUGGAUUAGUAGGCUUUGAUAACUUCAGAUGGCAUCUAUUUCCACUGAUGGCUUCAAUUUACUUUUAGUUAAGUGCCCUCUGUAUCAAAUCAAGACACUGAACAGUCACUGCUGAUUCAGAAAUCCAGAUGCAAAAGAGACUUACUAGAUUUCUCACUACAAAGGCUGAGUGUCCACAAGGCCUGUUUCGGGGGAAAGGGUUAUCUUUGCAAUGUAAUUAAUAACAUUGAGUAACAUUAAAAAAUGUAAUUGAAAAAUAGAUGCUGUGCCUUCCAUUCAUAAUUUUACAAUUUCUAAUCAGAGUAGUUUGCCUCUGCUGCAUUGUCACAUUGCAAAGGUACAGAAUCACCAUUUCCAAUUAACAUUUUACUUUAAUCAUACCAACCAUAAGCCAAAAACAGGAUGUAUGUGUGAACAUCCCUCCUUUAAUCAUUUAUGGUUCCAACUGUGGCCCUUGCAUUAGGAAUCUGUCUUGAGGGGAAAUUGCAUCUAUUUCAAGAUCUCUGUGGGUUUAAACAGUGCUGAUACUGCCAUGGUGUCACCCAUUUUCUUCUUUUUAACCAUGCUAACCAAUCAGAGACCAGAACUAUUCUGCUUGUGGGGGGAACAAAUCAUACGAAGACUGUUCUCGUAAAAGACAGAUUGCAUAAUUAGAAAUAAUGUAUCCAAAGCCGUUGUUCUGUGUUCUAUAGAGCCCAGUCGUGUUGGUAAUAAUCAGACUUCCAUUAUUUUAACACUUGUGGCGCCUGUAGUACCCCCUCAGUCAGCUAGAGGGCAUGUAACCAAUUAACAUGGAUUUAGUUUGAUAUUAUUUGUGCACUAUUUACAAUUAAAAAAAAAAAAAAAAAAAAACUCUAAGAAAUAAUGUAAGAAGACUUUGUUCUCAUUGGCUUGUGAUUUUCCCAGUACAGUUUUUUUUUUUUUUUUAAAUAAAAGGUCUGUGUUUAUUUUACUGUUUUUUGUUCAUAUUACGUUAUACUGUAAAUGUUACACUUUACAACUACUGCUUAUAUGUCCAAAUAUCCAUUUAACGUUACCCUUUCAAACCAUUCUAUUAGAGGUGCCAUUCACCUCAAUCUGUUUCUUGAUGAAAACAAAGGAAAAAGUUCUGGAAUGUCCUUUGGAAUCACCAGAUCUCAUUCCAAUAGCAAUUAUCUGAAAAGGCUGUAGCCAAGCAUUGUGUGUCCAAUCUGUCUGAGCUGAGGGAAAUAUGCAAGACAGAAUGGGCCCAGAUUUCACCAACCAAGAUGUAAUACACUGGCUAAGAAUUAUCAUAAAUGUCUGAAAGCCGUAAUAAAAGCAAAAGGAGAACACAAUACUUUUGCCAUGAACUAAUACUUUAAAUGAAAUUAAAGUUUGUUUGUUUUUUAUUUGUUAAAUUACUAGAAAUUGUGUAUUUUGGUUUUUGUUUUAUUAAAAUGUGGUUAAAGUUUA